CCCCCCGCGCCCAGAGCCGCUGCGCCUCGGAGUCGGAGCGCGGGUCGCGGAGCGCGGAGCCCGCAGGCGGCGGGAACAAAGCGGCGGCGGCGAGGGCGGCCCAGGCCCGGGACGCGCGGAGCGAGCGACCCGCCGGGCCUUUGUCUCGGGCGGGGCAGGCGCGGCGGCGGCCGGGGGCGCCCCGAGCGCAGAAUGCGGCGCGCGGCGGGGCGGAUUGCGGAGCGCUGCGGCGGCGGACGGCGGGCAGCCCGGCCCGGGGCCCGCGGGGACUCGUGUGUGUGAACGGGGGACCCGGCGCGCCGCCUGGAGCCCACCCCGCGGCCGCACGUGGGCGGGAGCCGCGGCCCGCGCGGAGCCCGAGGAGGAAGCGGAGGGAGCGCCGCGGGGACCGGGGCGCCCGCUCGAAGCCCCGCCCCGGCCGCCGAGCCCGGCGCGGCCGGGCGGGAUGCCCCGCGGCCGCCGCACUUGGGCCCGCGCGCGGCGCUGAGCGGCCGGGGCGCCAUGGAGCAGUGGCGGCAGUGCGGCCGCUGGCUCAUCGACUGCAAGGUCCUGCCGCCCAACCACCGCGUGGUGUGGCCCUCGGCCGUGGCUUUCGACCUGGCGCAGGCGCUGCGGGACGGGGUGCUGCUGUGCCAGCUGCUGCACAACCUGUCCCCCGGCUCCAUCGACCUCAAGGACAUCAACUUCCGACCGCAGAUGUCCCAGUUCCUGUGCUUGAAGAACAUCCGCACCUUCCUCAAGGUCUGCCAUGACAAGUUCGGGCUGAGGAACAGCGAGCUGUUUGACCCCUUCGACCUCUUCGAUGUCCGAGACUUCGGGAAGGUCAUCUCUGCCGUGUCCAGACUGUCCCUGCACAAUGUGGCCCAGAACAAAGGGAUCAGGCCCUUCCCCUCGGAGGAGACGGCGGAGAACGACGAUGACGUCUACCGCAGCCUGGAGGAGCUGGCCGACGAGCACGACGUGGGGGAGGACAUCUACGACUGCGUCCCGUGUGAGGAUGAGGGGGACGACAUCUACGAGGACAUCAUCAAGGUGGAGGUGCAGCAGCCCAUGAUCAGGUACAUGCAGAAAAUGGGCAUGACGGAGGACGACAAGAGGACGUGCUGCCUGCUGGAGAUCCAGGAGACCGAGGCCAAGUACUACCGCACGCUGGAGGACAUCGAGAAGAACUACAUGGGCCCCCUGAGGCUGGUGCUGAGCCCGGCGGACAUGGCGGCUGUCUUCAUCAACCUGGAGGACCUGAUCAGGGUGCACCACAGCUUCCUGCGGGCCAUCGACGUGGCCAUGAUGGCGGGCGGCGGCACGCUGGCCAAGGUCUUCCUGGAGUUCAAGGAGAGGCUCCUGAUCUACGGGGAGUACUGCAGCCACAUGGAGCAUGCUCAGAACACGCUGAACCAGCUCCUCGCCAGCCGGGAGGACUUCAGGCUGAAAGUGGAGGAAUGCACCCUGAAGGUCCAGGAUGGGAAGUUCAAGCUGCAGGACCUGCUGGUGGUGCCCAUGCAGCGGGUGCUCAAGUACCACCUCCUCCUGAAGGAACUUCUGAGCCAUUCCACCGACCGGCCCGAGAGGCAGCAGCUGAAGGAAGCACUGGAAGCCAUGCAGGACUUGGCAAUGUACAUAAAUGAAGUGAAGCGGGACAAAGAGACCCUGAAGAAAAUCAGCGAGUUCCAGAGCUCCAUAGAGAACCUGCAAGUGAAACUGGAGGAGUUCGGGCGGCCGAAGAUCGACGGGGAGCUGAAGGUCCGGUCCAUUGUCAACCACACCAAGCAGGACAGGUACCUGUUCCUGUUCGACAAGGUGGUCAUCGUCUGCAAGAGGAGGGGCUACAGCUACGAGCUGAAGGAGGUCAUCGAGCUGCUCUCCCACAAGGUGACCGACGACCCCAUGAACAACAAGGAUGUCAAGAAGUCUCAUGGGAAAAUGUGGUCCUAUGGCUUCUACCUGAUCCACCUGCAAGGCAAGCAGGGCUUCCAGUUCUUCUGCAAAACCGAGGACACGAAGCGGAAGUGGAUGGAGCAGUUCGAGAUGGCCAUGUCCAACAUCAAGCCCGACAAAGCCAACGCCAACCACCACAGCUUCCAGAUGUACACGUUCGACAAGACCACCAACUGCAAGGCCUGCAGGAUGUUCCUCCGGGGCACCUUCUACCAGGGCUACCUGUGCACCAAGUGUGGCGUCGGGGCGCACAAGGAGUGUCUGGAGGUGACGCCUCCCUGCAAGAUCAGUUCGCCUGCUGACGCGGACGCCUCUGGAGCGGGACCAGGUCCCAAGAUGGUGGCUGUGCAGAAUUACCACGGCAACCCCGCUCCCCCCGGGAAGCCGGUGCUGACCUUUCAGACGGGCGACGUGAUUGAGCUGCUAAGAGGGGACCCCGAGUCUCAGUGGUGGGAGGGGCGGCUGGUGCAGACCAGGAAGUCCGGCUGCUUCCCCAGCACGUCUGUGAAGCCGUGCCCUGUGGACGGACGGCCACCCAUCGGCCGGCUACCGUCCCGGGAGAUCGACUACAGUGCUUACCCCUGGUUCGCAGGCAACAUGGAGCGGCAGCAGACGGACAACCUGCUCAAAUCCCACGCCAGCGGGACCUACCUGGUCCGGGAGCGGCCGGCCGAGGCGGAGCGCUUCGCCAUCAGCAUCAAGUUCAACGACGAGGUGAAGCACAUUAAGGUGGUGGAGAAAGACAGCUGGAUCCACAUCACGGAAGCCAAGAAGUUUGAAAGCCUCUUGGAGCUGGUGGAGUACUACCAGUGCCACUCUCUGAAGGAGAGCUUCAAGCAGCUGGACACCACGCUCAAGUACCCCUACAAGUCCCGGGAACGUGCGGCCUCCAGGACCUCCAGCCGGUCCCCAGCUUCCUGCGCCUCCUACAACUUUUCUUUUCUCAGUCCUCAGGGCCUCAGCUUUGCUUCUCAGGGCUCCUCCGCUCCCUUCUGGUCAGUGUUCACGCCCCGCGUCAUCGGCACGGCCGUGGCCAGGUACAACUUCGCGGCCCGGGACCUGCGGGAGCUCUCGCUGCGGGAAGGCGACGUGGUGAAGAUCUACAGCCGCAUCGGCGGGGACCAGGGCUGGUGGCGGGGCGAGACCAACGGCCGGAUCGGCUGGUUUCCUUCAACCUAUGUGGAAGAGGAGGGCAUCCAGUGACAGGGACGCAGGCGGGACUCGGGGACUGCUGUGGGCGUCCGUGUCCAGUCCUGGGACCCAGAGGGGGACAUGCCUGCCGACCUUCCAUCUCCAACAGCCCGCGGGGAUGGGGAGGGUGUUCAGAGUCCUAACCUCAAACCGUGCCCCGCCCGUCUGCCCUCGGGGGGCCUGUCCGGGGUUCCCGCUUGUACAUAGAGGAACCGGGCGGCCUGCAUGGCUGCCCCGCCGGAGCGCCGAGGCCGGAGCGCCCGGGCCGAGUGGGCCAGCGCCGGGCCGCAGCCGAGGGUGGAGCUCGUCUUGCCCCGUCCUGUCCGGGCGGCAUUCAGAAGCCUGGGCGGCAACAGCUGAUGCCGUGGGGGGCGGGGAGGGUGGCUACCCCCACUUUGCUCAGCCCUGGACUCAGCCCUCCUGCUUCCUGCUGCUCCCAGGGUGACUCGGGUGUAGGAGAGGGCAUUGGAGGGGCCUGGCCAUCCCCUGACCUCCCCGUGUCCCUCUGCCCCAGGGCAUGCAGAGAACCCCCCCAGCCCCCCGCCGGCACCUCUCAGGAAGGUGCCCUGGGAGCGAGGGAGCUGCCCCCUGCCCCCUGCCCCCUGGUCGAUGGUACUGUCUUUGCCCGAACCCGAGGCUGUCUGUCCUGCCUGCUGCCGGGAGACGUCUGGAGACCCGAUGCGGGCGGGAAGAACACGGCGUCCCCUCGCUGUCCCUGCUGCUCACAUUCCUGUCCAGGAGGGGGCGCCACGCUCCCGUGCGGGGUGCCCUCGGGGUCUCCUGUGUCCUGCAACGGGGUCUCGCCCUGGGCGGGUCUUCCUGCCGGGAGCUCCCAUAGCUCGUGAACGGGCCCCGAAAUAAGUGCUCUUGGGGGGCUCUGCCCUGUGGCGCCCCCUCCCGCCUCCCCUGGCCUUGGCCUCUGGCUGCUCGGCCAGACCCUCUCUGCCUGGAUGUUGCAUGAGACCUAGUGACACGCUCCCUCCGAGCCCCAUGCCAGGGCUGCCCGGGGCCUGGGCUCCAUGGUCCGCUCCUCCGCUUGGUCAGCUGCACGGCCCUGUGCGGGGAGCGGGGCCAGGCUGGGCCUCGUCCUCCACGCUGCACCCGGGGGUCCUCGGAGGUCAGCUUUGUAGCCUGCAGGCUGGGCCCCCGCAGCCCCGGGCUUGGGGAGGAGGCGGGAGGGUCCGGGUGGUGAGCAGCGGAGAAGAGAGAAGGCAGCGGCAGGGGCUGGAGACGGGUGAGGAUCGCGGUCGGGGCGGUGAGCCGGGGGGAAGAAUCCCGCCACCGGGGCGCACCCAGCACUUUGCGCCGACCCCCGGCCGCGAGCCCCGCGGAGGGGAGACCAGCCCCUUUCUGUUUACUGCUGUCGGAAGGUUUUGCUGUUUGUUUUUCGUUUGGCUUGUUUGCUUUUUAAGGGAAAAAGAAGUUUGUAAUUAUUUCGUCCAAAGCUCCUGUUACGUGUCUGUGAAUAUAAGGAGAUUUAUAAGAG